AUGCAGUUCCUUCGUAAGUGCCCUGAUUUGCAAGCCGAGUGGGGAUGUCCCCUAAGAGUGAACGCCCUAUACCAACGCACAAUAGUGCAGCAAUACAAGCACGCUGAUAUUCACAGGGGAGUAAACGCGAAAGAAGGCUCCGUGUUGUCCGCAUCCUGCGUGGUUUUCAAAGUUCCAUGGGUGUGGCGAGAAGGGCUGGUGAAUCUGGGGAUCCUUGCGCACAUCGACGCAGGGAAGACAACCAUAUCGGAAGACAUCCUGUACAACGCCAACGAAAUAAAGGUGAAGGGAAGUAUCCACGAUCAAAACACACAGCUGGAUUUUUUAAGACAAGAGAGAGAAAGGGGAAUAACAAUCAAGACAGCCUACUCAUGCUUUAAAUGGAAUAAUAUAAUGGUCAAUUUAAUAGAUACCCCAGGACAUGUCGACUUCAGCAACGAAACCUUUAUCUCAUUAUGCGUCUUAGACAAGUGUGUUAUUGUGGUGGAUGCCAAGGAGGGGAUUCAAAUUCAAACGUUCCACCUGUUCCACUACAUAAAGGAAAAUCUCCCUAUUUUUUUUUUAAACAAAAUGGAUAUACACGAAACGGAUCUCGAUUACAAUAUGGAAAAUCUAAAAAAAAAUUUGAGUCGAAAGAGUGUCCUUGUCACUUACCCUGUGUAUAAAAAUAAGAUGCUGAAAUUUAUUUUGGAUCUUCCUUCCAUGUCUCUUUAUUGGUAUCCGCAGGGGAGGUAUGGACAAAAAUUUAGUUACAACAGAAUUGGCCUUGCUUCUGUUUUGCAGCAUAUGGACUGCGAAAUUGUGAGGAGUCAUUUUGCUGCCAUAGGAGUGGGUGAGGUGGCCUCAACUGGUACUGAGACGAUCACCAUGGAGUAUCUCCUAAGAGUGCUAUCAAGAGACACCAUCCAUCAAGCUUUACAGAAAAGGGAGGAGCUUGUGGAGGCGCUCUGUGAUUUGGAACCAGACUUGGAGCGCAAGUACAUAAACAAUAUAUGCAUAGAAUACAGUGAGGUGAGGAAGUGCCUAGCCAAGUGGAUAAACCAGAAGGAGAUUUUUCCAGUAUUUUCUGGCAGUGCUUUGAAUUCUUUUGGUGUUCACCUCCUUCUGGAUUACAUCACAAGCGGUGGUGUCGCGGUGGGGGGUGACCACUCCAAUAGGGAGAACCCCCCAUUUGGAGUAAAAGCACCACAAAUGGGCUCCAAAACGAAUAUUGUGCAGGGUAACUCCCCAGUGGGGCCUUCUCCAAUUAGUCUUGUGAGCGAAAAGAAUGGACAUAACACAUUUUGCAAAGUUCUCAAAGGAGAAUUAGCUAAAAAUGCCAAAGUUUUAAAUCUGCGAAGUGGAGGAAUCGAAGUGGUGAAGGAUAUUUACAAAGUCAAAGCGGAUAGGUAUGUUAUGAUCAACCUGUUGAAGACGAAUGACAUAGGAAUGGUUCGUGGACUCGAACAUGUCCGCGUGUGCGAUUUUAUGUGCGAAUUGGAGGAACCAGCUUGUAACCUAGAUUGUGGAGACGUAGUGGGAGGAGAGCGCCGGGUGAGCACCACCAUGCUGCGCACCAGGAAUGAUGGCGCAGCUGACCAGAAAAGGAAAAAGAAAAGCGAGACGACCAGCCAGGGGGGCCCACUUAACCGGGAUAACUCGCUUCGGGAUAACUCGCUUCGGGGCAAAUCGCUCCAGGACAAAUCGCUCCGGGACAAAUCGCUCCAGGACAACUCGCUUCGAGACAUCUACAGAUACAUGAAACACGAAAUAGAAAGCAAAGAGUUGUGGUUCUUUCUCAAGAAUUAUAAAAAACGGAUAAGCAAAAAUGUCAUCGUAUGCACGUGCGCUAUAGAGCCAAAGGAUUAUAAAAAGGAAAACGAACUUAAGGAGGUUCUGCGAAACAUCUGCUUGGAAGAUAACAGCAUCGCUGUGUACACAGAUCCCAAUCGAAAAUUCGUCAUUGGAUCCAUAGGAAUGCUAAACAUCGAAGUCACGUUGGACAAAAUAAAAAGUGAUUAUAAUAUCGAUAUCAGGACGGAGGAGGUGGAGGUAGUGGAGAAGGAAUAUCUUACGGGGCACUACGAAGAGACCAUGACGAAAGAGAUGAAGGUGAAUUCCAACCUCUCUAGCAUAACGAUUGGAUUAACCAUUCGCGAGAAGGAGUUCGUGGACGUUUCGAGAUUCAUCCAAAAUGCGCUCAGGUAUGAUAGUGUGUCGAAGUUGGUGAAGUCGACUAGGGGGCAGGCAGGGGAGGAAGCAGUCAGCGAGGAAGCAGCCAGCGAGGAAGCAGUCAGCGAGGAAGUAGCCAACGAGGAGCAAAACAUCACUACCAUGCAGCGGAAUGGUCCCUUGCCAACCGCACCGAACAGACGUGACUCUGUUUUUUGUGCCCCACCCCAGAGGGGAGGUCGGCCCCCGAAUCAACCCAACUGCAGCAUUGAGGUGGAGCUUAACAACUCAGACGAGGGGCUAACUGGUGCUAUGGGGCGGGGAGAGUGCACAAACAAAAUUAGUAUUAACGCGAACUGUGAGGGGGGUCGAAUCACUGGCUCAGCUGAUUGGGCGAGUGGGUCGAAAGAGGUUUCCCCCCCCCACAGGGAGCACCCGAACGGAGAAGUGAAGGAAGAAGUGAACGAAGAUGCAAACAAAGAUGUGGACGAAGACGUGGACGAAGAUGUGGACGAAGACGUGGACGAAGAUGUGGACGAAGACGUGGACAAAGACGUGGACGAAGACGUGGACGAAGACGUGGACGAAGACGUGGACGAAGACGUGGAUGAGUACCUCCUCAACUUCAACUACGAGGACCUGUUCCAAAGCAGCAGCUGUAUUGUCACACUGAAGAAUUGCCUAACCAGUGGCUUCCAAACAAGCGGAAGCAUCAUCAGCACGGAGGUUGAAAUUACAAAGUUGGACCUAUCGGAUGACACCACUGUAGCGGUAGUCAAAUACGCAUGUAACGAUUUGUAUUAUCGAAUGAUUAAGCGAGCCAACGUGUGCGUAGCGAAGCCUAUAUCUCUACUGCAUAUUCAGACGGAGGAAUCCUUUGUGGGCAUCAUAGUGAAGGAUCUAAUUCAGCAAAGAAAUGGGACCAUUAUUCAGAUCUCGAAGAAUAAUGACUCCUGCCAUUUUAAGAGCAUGAAGAUUAUUGCCAUUGCUCCGGUGAAACACACGCAUAAUUACGCCUCCAUUUUGAGGUCCAUUUCGAGUGGCCACGCCAACUGUUUGAUGACCUUUUGCGGUUACAGCAAGGCGGGGUAG